AUAAGGGCAGCACGCAUGUGCCGUCACCCCGGAUGUGAACAUGCCGCCCAGGCUCUCAGGAGCCCGCCCCGCCGGGCUAGAGCGGACGGGCUGACCCGUGCUGGGCUGAGCCGAGCCGGGCCGGGCCGGGCCCAAGCGGGUUAGUCGCCUGCCUGAGGGGAAGGGAAGCAGAGCUUCUCCCGGAGGGAAAGGGGGAGGGGCAGAGCUCCCGCGAGGCGGGGCAAAGGGGGGCAGCCCCCCCCGACCCCAGUGGCAGAGCCAUCCCUGAGGCAACUGAGGAGGAUUGUCCCAAUGGUUUGGCUGAGCCAGGCCUUCCUGUCGCAAAUGACCCCAGCCCCGUGUUAGCCCCCCUCUCCCACAUUCCUGGGGGUUUGUUACACCUGGGCUAAGUACAGAAACUCUGUCACCAUCUCCUCAUCCCCCAUCCCUUCCAUUACUCCUGGCUCUGCGCCCCAGGAGUUCCUGCGUAUACUGGGGUGGGGCAGGAAUAAUGGAUUUUCGGGGGAAGAAGUACGAGCGGGGCAGUAAUUGGUCAGACCCUGAAGUGGUGGAGCUCCUGCAGCUUUGGGCCGAUGAGUCCGUUCAGAUGGAGCUGGAGAGCUGCCUGAGAAACCAGCAUGUCUUCAACCGAAUCGCUGAGGUGUUGAGGGAGAAGGGCAUCCACCGGACUGGGGAUCAGUGCCGGGAGAAAAUAAAAAAGAUGAAGCUGGAGUACCGUAGGAUCAAGGACAACAACAAGACCCCAAGGGGUGGCAGGACUUGGAAAUUCUAUGAGGUGAUGGACCGGGUGCUGACCAGCCGUCCCUCCCUCUCUUACAGUUCCUUGAGUGGCAGUGUGGUGUCUCAGCAGGCACUGCAAGGAAGCAUGAUGGAGAACUACCAUCACCACUUCACCCCCUCAGCUCUACCUUUCGGACACUCUCAGCACCCUGAGCUGAUGGAAAUCAAAUGCGAGGAGGUGGACUCUGAUGAACACUGCUUGACCCCGGAGCCCCCACUAUCCAUGUCUUACCAGCAGGGCUCCCCUGAGGAGCAUGAGAUGGAGAGAGCUUUCUUGGACAGGGCCCAGAAUGACUCUCCUAUCUCCAGGGUGGAAAUUCCCAUUGAAACCAGUGUUUCACCUUCAGGUUUCAGUGAGCCCAACGUAGCAUCCUCCUCCCGGAUCCACAGUGUGGGCCCUCGGCCUGGCUUCUCCACUUUGCACCGCCUGCGGAAGAAACGGAAAGGCCAGCGAGUGAAGGACCCCCUUGAUGACCUCCUACUGAAGACCCUGACAUCGCAGCGGGCCAUGGAGGAGCGCUUUCUGCAGAUGGAGGAGCGGCGUUUGCAGCGGGAUAUGGAAGUGGAGGAACGGCGAAUGCAGCUGGAGCAGCGACGUUUUGAACUGGAGCGGGAGCAUGAGUUCCGCAUGUUCAAUGUCUUUGCUCAGAUGCUUAGCAUCUUAAAGCAGAGCAACAGCAGCUCCUCCUCUUCUGCUGCACUGCCCCGGGGCUUGGAUUUCAUCCAGGUGCUGUCUGACAUAGCUGGGAUGGGAGGAGGAGGGGGCCUACAGGAGGUGAGGGCCAUGCAGGUAGGGCGACCACUUUCUGAGAGAAGGACUGACAUGUACAGUUUCUGUAACCCUGGCGAGUUCCAGAGCAGUCCCUUCCUCUCCGCUCGAGGAAACAUUGCCAAUCUCUUUCGUGGCUCGACAGAAGAGGGAUACAAGGCCUAUCAUGCUGACAAGUACGAUGAAGACAAAAAUCCCAACGGGAUAAUUAAUUUUGGUACCAGUGAGAAUAAACUCUGCUUUGAUCUAAUGUCCAAGCGGCUGACGCAGAGUGAUAUGAACCUCAUGGAGCCUCCACUGCUACAAUAUCCUGAUUGGAAAGGACAUAUGUUUUUACGGGAGGAAGUGGCUCGAUUUUUGACUUAUUAUUGCAAGGCCCCUGCACCUCUCAAGGCAGAAAACGUGAUUGUGUUGAAUGGUUGUGGCUCUCUGUUUUCUGCAUUAGCUACAGUUCUCUGUGAUCCAGGGGAAGCUGUUCUGAUUGCUACCCCCUUUUAUGGUGGUCUCACCCAGAGUCUGUUCCUGUAUGGUAACGUCAAGCUGGUCUAUGCCUAUUUAGACAGCAAGAUCACUGGAACAAGCACUCGGCCCUUCCAGCUCACAGUGGACAAGCUAGAGAAGGCCCUACAGGAUGCCCGGUCAGAGGGUGUUGGUGUGAAAGCCUUAAUUCUCCUGAACCCCCAAAAUCCUUUAGGGGACAUCUACUCCCUGUCAGAAUUACGGGACUACCUGGAGUUUGCUAAAAGGCAUGAAUUGCAUGUAAUAGUAGAUGAGAUCUACAUGCUGUCGGUUUUUGACGAAUCAGCCACGUUCCAUAGCGUUCUUGGCAUGGACAGAUUGCCUGAUCCACAGAGGACCCAUGUGAUGUGGGGAAUUAGCAAGGAUUUUGCUGUCUCUGGGAUUCGUUUUGGCACUUUGUAUACAGAGAACCAAGAUGUUGCCAAUGCAGUGGCCUCCUUGUGUUACUUCCAUGGAGUUUGUGGACCUGUCCAAUACAAAGUGGCACAGCUGCUCCGAGACAGAGACUGGAUCAAUCAAGUAUAUCUGCGGGCCAACCAUGCCCGUCUGAAAGCUGCCCAUACCUAUGUGACAGAUGAGUUGAAGACCCUUGGGGUUCCCUUCCUCAAUCGCAAUGCCGGCUUCUUUGUUUGGAUCGAUUUCCGAAAGUACCUUAGGACAGGAACAUUUGAGGAGGAGAUGCUGCUCUGGAGGCGAUUCCUGGAUAACAAGGUUCUGCUGUCCUGUGGCAAAGCCUUUGAGUGCAGUGAGCCGGGGUGGUUCCGUAUCAUUUUUGCUGACAAAACCCACCGACUACAGUUAGGCAUGCAGCGGAUCCGUAGAGUCCUGGAAGAGAGGGAGCGCGAGAUUCUGUCUGAGGACAAGGACCAGCCCUGCCAGUCAGACCAGGACGGCAAAGCAGACAGUACAGAUGAGGUCAUCUUUGUGUCCCAUCACCAGGAGCCUGGUUCUACUGGUGGCUCUAACCUCGGUGACCUCAUUGGCCUCCUGCAGCAGCAGAUGCGCUCAUCUGACUGGCUGCAGAAGAACACAGCAGAACAGUUUGCACAGGAGAAGCCAGAGAUCUAUGACGUGUUCAGCAAACUGGUGGGGAAACAGUAGGGACUCCUGUUCCUCCAUGGGCCUUAUCUGAGCAGGGACUGACACCGGAGCCCUAACUGCUUGGUAUUUGACUUCCUGCAAAGAAUAUAUUUUCUGUAUAGUGAGGAAAUCACUUUGUAAAGCCUGCUACCCAGGCCUCCUCUUUGGAAUCUCUGCUUUGUAUUGUAUAUCCCGUUUCCCUAUAUUGAGGUAUGGGUGGAGGAUGCAGGGCUUGCUUCUGCCGCUGCCCCUUGCCUCGUAUUUUAUAAUUCAUUUCAAAUGAAUAAGCUCUUGGCUCUUUUUAUAAGGCACCAUCGUGUCAUCUUUUAUGCUGCUUCUUGUUUCCUCUCACUGUUCCCAGGGAGACAGAAACUUGAGAUAAUUAAGAUGUUUUAUAUUCUUCCCUGAAUGAGGUGCAGAGAAAACUAAUUCCUUCAGCCCCAGAAGAUGUGUUUCUCCUCAAGCCACUGUAAUAUGACAUGUGUUGACAGUUAGAACCAAGCACUUGCCCUGACUCUCAGCUGGGGGUAAAUAAGAGUGUAUUCAUAUAUAGACCACUUUUGUGUGUGUGUCUGUUUGUUUGUGUGUCUGUCUGUCUGUGUGAGAGAGAGAGCAACUCCAACAGAAGGGAUCGAAUGACUUAAGUAACUAGUACUAUGGAGCCUUUCACUUCUGGAUCACUAGUUCCCCAACAGCCUCAGGUCCAUUGUGAUUUUAAAAUAUAUAAUAUAGCGAUCUGGUGCCCUGUGUUUAAAUGAGCUUGGCUAUCUCAGUCCAGCUUUUUGUGUUCAUAUAAAAGAACAUCAUCACAACUAGGUCUGAUAGCUUCUCAGCAGGAACUGCCAACAAAAUGGGCAAAGGAUGCAGAGGGUCAUGGAGAGCAGACAGCUCCAUUAUGCUAGGAGGAUGUUCUGGUUAGAAAUAAGGCGCUUUGGCAGGACAGUAUAGAGAGUGCUCACUGUGCUGCUGCCAGGCUCUUCAGAGCUGUCAAGCCAGCACCUUCCAAUGAUUUAGUUGGGGAUUGGUCCUGCUUUGAGCAGAGGGUUGGACUAGAUAACCUCCUGAAGUCUCUUCCAACCCUGAUAUUCUAUGAUUCUUCCCCCACAAUCAAAGAACUUGAAAAAAAUGUAAUCCAAACUGUUACAUCAGACAGCUUCUGAGGGUAACUUUCUGGUUACACAAGAUUCUUUAGUUUUUGAAAGAGCCUGUUUGAGCUGCAUUCUGUGAAAUGGUGAUAAACUGUAAUGUAGCUGGUAAACUGAUCUCUCGGUAUAAAGCAUUUUCCUUUGCCCUUAGUUUGAUUUCCUCAGAGACAAAGCAGGACGUAUUAUCUUCACAUCCAGGAGUUACAGAAUGUCUACAGUAUAGGUCAGGGGUGGGCAAACUUUUUGGCCCAAAGGCCACAUCUAGGUGGGGAAAUGGCAUGCAGGGCCAUGAAUG